GGAAUACUCCGGACAAUGAUGUAGCUACUAUUCCGGGUAGUAGCCAGACUGCGGUUAGAAAAGAGAUGUUUCGUCCUCGCACGGCGGCGCGAUCCUCCUCAUACACCAAAUGUGACAGUCAUCCACGAGUCAUAUGGCUGCCAGGAGCCGAUUACACCCUGAGACCAGGAAUCAUGAAAAGAAAGAUGGCUUUGUGCCUGCGCGUCCUCAUACCCAGUCAGCCUUGGGCUCAUGGAAAUCCUUUCGCCGGCGACGUGUAAUCCUGGCGAUUGUCGCAGUAGGAGUGCUGUAUCUGUUCUUCAAGAACAUACCCACAGAUGUCCCUCCAGUCAACCAGCGAUACGAUAGUCGGUUCGGGCGACUGCACCCAGGUCUGCAGCACCAGUCCGCUUGGGAGAGUCAAGAACAAAUCAAGGAUGGGAAAGACCACAACUAUGAGGGCCCUAUAGCAUUUUUACACCUGGCGAAAACUCUACGUGGAACGGCGACUACGCGCGACUCGAAGGGUAGUGUUCUCUUUGCCAUAUCGCGACUGGAAAGCAUACCACGAAUUCUGCCAAUUGCUUGUUCCAUGGCACAGUACAAUCGGACUCGUGUCCAUGUUGCCUUCAUGGGCCGCCAAACGGCGAAUUGGGCAGACAUAAAGACAUUGAAUGGCAUCUCAGACGACGCGUGCGAUGUCUUCCUGCAUGAUGCACGCCCGGAUUUCCCAGCCCUCUCCUCUGCGACACGGAUGGAUGUCAGUGCUCGGGCGAGUCUUGGACAUAUUCAUACGGUUGCGCAUCUGCAAGCCGUGCUAGUGGGUGACGAUAAUCAGGAAGAUGUAUAUUUUGUAAGAGCCUUGAAGGAGAAGACGGCCUCAAUGGGUCUGUCUCUUAUCACUUUACCUGCUGCUGGCCUCGGAAGUCUUUCUUGGAUCUCGUCGUUGGAUGGUGCAGCAUUGAACCAUUUCAGUAAGAUCCACGUGGACAUUGUGAUCCAGGCACGACCCGAAUCUUCAGCGUCGCUCAUCCGGCUUCUCCGCUCAAUGAAAGAGGCCGACUAUUCUGGAUGGUCUCCUCCCAGACUGACCAUUGAGCUACCAGCCAGUGUCGAUCCAUUUCUUACGGAUUAUCUUGCGCGCUUCAAGUGGCCGGUUGACGCCAGCAGCAGUGAGAGCAGACUGGUGAUAAGACACAGGACGGAUGCGAGUCUCCUUUCGCCGCCGCAAGCGUCCUUACGAACCGUUGAAUCAUUCUACCCUCUGGUGCCUGGAGACUCUCAUGUACUGCUUCUCUCACCUGAGGCCGAGUUAUCCACCGGGUAUUUCCAUUUAUUGAUGUAUACCCUGCUGGAAUAUAAGUAUGCUGCCAGGCGGACGGACCUUGUGAAUCAUCUGCUUGGUAUUUCACUUGAUCUACCACCUUAUGCACCUGAUCUCCAAACCGAAGCGCCAUGGACAUCCAGCCGCCUCCAGGAACCACUUAUCCUCUGGCAGGUACCAAACUCCAACGCCGCUCUGUACUUUGGUGACCGUUGGAUGGAAUUGCAUACCUUUUUAUCUCGUCGCCUUUCGGUCGAUCCUGAGCUGUCAAAGAGGAGUACCGCAACUCCAAGCAUAGCCCAUGAGUUUCCGGCAUGGCUCAAGCCGAUGCUUGAAAUGAUGCAAGCGCGAGAUUAUUGGAUGAUGUACCCGAACUUUGUAGCUACACAAGGUUCCUCGGCAGUCACCAUGCACCACGAAUUACCUGAAUCUCCAGAGGAGUACCUGGUGGAUGAUCAGAAAAAGGAGCAGCCCUCGAGCUUUGAUGAGGUUCAUUUGACCGAGGAUCAGACCCUCACAGCAAACGACGAGAUUGAGCGGUUAAUGCGAAAAGAGCAUCGAACGUAUAGCACUUCGCUUGUGACCCCGCUUCUCGAGCUGAUGCCUUUGGAAUUGCGGCAAAGCACUCUUGGAGACGCUGUACCGCUGAUAUCAUACAAAGGGGAGAAAAUCAGCUGGGAGGACUCUGGCAGCUUGUCGUGGCAAUUUGCUAAAGAUUUUGCAGAGACUGUCGGAGGCUGCGCCAGCUACGAUCCGAUGAAGGUGGGAAGCGGUAACGUCGAGUCACUGUUCUGCCUGGCAGCAGGCUAGAAACGGCUAAGGGGGUGAGAAGAAGCCGCUACUUCUGUAAAAUGAGCAGAUAUUGUACUCUAGCUUAUGAUUGUUGUCCAGGCCAGGAGAACUACAGUACCAAAGAGGCCACACCAGACUUUGAUUUGAAACAUUGGAAUCAAAUGUGGCAUCGAUCGUAUCAUUUGGACGAGGUAAGAUAUGCAGAGGAUCGGCGUGUGAUGGCGUCCAUCGUGCCGCGUGCUUGCGUGCGUGAAUCUAGCCUGGGCCGCUCUGUUUAGUGCCUAGUGAGCCAUAAAAGCGUCAACUGGCACUGGCACGACUGGCUAGGGAUGAUGGGCGCGGAUGGGACAGGAACUGCCCAGGGAAGCGGGAUGGGAUGGGCGGCGAUCUCAAGUGAAUCGAAGAUCAGUGGUCUGUAGGAGUGAGGAUCAUCCGGGUGAAAAUACUUAGCAGGGAUGAGGCCCAAGACGAGAGGCCUAGGCUGACCAGAUGCUUGGAUGAGGAGG